AUGGAACGUAGACUUCGCGCCAAGCACGCAUUAUGCAUUGCCAAUUCGGUCCGAACAUCAUGCCUUCACAAUCCCUAUGAAGGCCACGACGCAGCCAGCCCACGAGGGUCAAUGAAGCUUUGUGAAACAGGCACCGAAAAGCUCAAUUUCAAGGAGCCGAUUCUCCUUCAAGACAUCGCCAAUACCAUCCGAAGCAAAAACUCUGGUCCAUUCGAACUCACAUUCGACAUCUUGUUUGGAAGCCAGGACGCUUACAAUCGUGUCUGUAAGGCAAACUUGUUGACAGCCGAAACAGUCAAAAAGUUGUUCCAGAUCGAUGACAAAGACAUCCUCGCCCAACAGUUUUUCGAGCGUGCGCUUGGGUGGAAAUGCACCACUGUGCGACCAUGGGCGCAGGAGUUUUUUGGCGCGAAAGACGUACUGGAACGCAGCAGCAUGCACCGUUAA